AUGUCCGCGCGGGAGCAGACCAUCGUGCCCAGGGAGUCGGGCUUUCCAGACUUUGACUAUGAUUUCUUCAUAUUCCUGCUCCUCUCCGGCUUGCUCUCCAUCUUCUUCCUCCUCUACUUCAAUAGGCUCUUCGGCUCGAUAGUUUCCUACGCGAUUCGAACUUGGACAUGGCACCGAUACAAGGUCUACAUCGACAUCCAAGCUCUCCAGGUGUCACUUUUGGCCGGCAGAGUCUUCUUCUCCGGGUUGCGAUAUCACGGCGCCAACGAAUCCUUCCUCAUUCAGCACGGCGACAUCACAUGGCAAUAUUGGCUGCGGAGGGUACGCGAAGCUGACGUGCUGGACGAUCAACAUUCGCAAGGAAAGCACCCUUCCAGGGACGACACCAAUUCCAAGCUACCAUGCCGCAUCAAUGUCAGUCUCGUCGGCUUGGAAUGGUUCGUCUACAAUCGCAGUCCAGCCUACGAGGGAGUCUUGGCUGGGCUCAAGCAAGCCGACACAACACGCUCGUCCUCCAACGAUGUCCACGAAGAAAAGCCAAGCGAAACAGAGAAGCCACGCAAGAGAAACAUGCGUGGCUUGGAUCAGAUCGAGGAAAUAUUUCCGCCGUCGCGAAAUGAACGACCCGUUACCGGACGCCAUGACAGCUCCCAAGACGUUGACAGCGCGGACGGAGACGCCGACACAUCUGCAACUGCCGCUGCUGUAAUCGGCAAUGAUAACACGAAAGCCAUCUUAGUUGUCAAAGCAAACCGAGUGACAUGCGAAGUCGAUGCUGGAGCAGCCAGAACGCCGGACCCAUAUCGCCAGCUAUUUGACGUCGAUUUUGACCACCCUGUCAUCGAAAUUAAGGACAAUGACGAUUUCAAGGAGGACCAACCCACUCGAGCCACCAAAGAACGCGAUGUUGGUAUUCAAUUGGAUUCGCAGCCUCGACGCGCCUGGUUCCGGCAUAGACGGCGCAAGUUCGUCUCGUCUUUGCGGAACAUGGUCCCUUAUUGGAGGAGAUCAGUCGAAUCAUUCUCCGCUGACUCGCGUGCGGAUCUCGGCUCCGGUGCUUCGCAUAUUCCCGCGUCGAACCGUUGGCAGGGCCUAUCCAGAUAUUUGGACGACCGGGAUCAAGAUGAUAAAGCUCGAUGGUCCUCUGUGGAGUAUGCAGCGGUGACAACUAUACUGGAUUCACCCUCAGCUCAUCUGCAAGUGUACUGGGACGCGGUCGCCAAGGUAUCGCAGCGGGACUCUCGUUCCAGUACUGCCGACUCCCUUUUGCAUGUCAACGGCGGUGACGCACCUGCAUGGGGUAUGCAUUUCACUAUCAAAGGUGGUACCAUGAACUAUGGACCCUGGGCCGAUAGACAGCGGGCGGACUUGCAACGCGUCUUCUUGCCCGGGCUAGCCAAAGAUGCUACCCCUGCAAAGCCGCUGGCGGCGGGGGAAUGGAGAGUGGCCACAGAAUUCAAUUUACUGAUUGAGUUGGAAGACACUGUCACUCUUCGAAUUCCAAUUCGGGAAGAGUCAAAGAAUUGGCGCUGGCGAGGCAAAGAGCCCCCUGUCAACCAGCAAGGCCCUGUAAAGCGAAAGCAGCGGAAUAAGGCCAAGAAGAAGAGCAAAACAGAUGUCAACCAAGCUCGUCCUGUAGGUUGGCUAGAGUUCAAAAUGCCCGUCAACUCUUCUGUGGAAUACUCGAUGGACAUGUUCGCUCGAGCUGGUGGUUAUAAGAACACUCUUCGAGUUGAUCUGCCUACUUCUGAGCUGUGGAGCAGUGUCAACCAUGAUCUUCUUUGGCGCUCUGGGCCACAGAGAAUCGUUGGCGACUUGUCAAAUCCUCUCACAUGGAAUACGCUCCGCAAUUGGCACUUCAAUAUCAUGUCUGAUGACAUGAAGCUGUACUUGCUCCGCGACCACAUCUUUCUUCUAAUAGACCUAGUGAAUGACUGGGCUAGUGGACCACCUUCCGACUACCUCGUUUUCACGCCUUUCAACUACCACUUGCACCUGAAGCUUCGGAACUUGCAAGCAUACAUAAAUGUCAACGACGGCAACAUCAUCGAUAAUGCAACGUCCCAUGAUGAAAACAACUUCCUCAUCCUGUCGACUCCCGUUCUGAGCGCAGAAGCUACGAUACCGCUCGACAAAUACAUACCAGAUAAAAACUCCAUACCAUUUGAUAUUCGAGUGGAGACUCUUACUUUAGCCGUACGAACACCGCAAUGGAAUACUGAAUCGGCGUUCUUGGACUCGGGCAUACUGGGCAAUGCCGAAGGCCUAGUUAUCUCGGGAAGCUACCAGUACAAUGUGUCGACCUCACCAACCAACACGGACACACUGGUACUGAAUCUCUAUGGACAGUCUCCUCAUGUCACACUGUAUGGCUUCCUUAUACGCUACCUCAUGCUGCUGAAGGACAAUUAUUUCGGUGACACUGUGCAUUUUCGCACGGUCGACGAAUAUCAAGAGCAAAUUCAAUCGCAGGCUCACGGCGACGGUGAUGGUCAGCCAACUCCGCCGAUCAAGAAAUCAAAUGACUUGGACGUGAUCCUCUCUGUCAAAGUCGACGAUCCUCAGUUUGCUGUACCCACAAAUCUGUACUCUGCGAAACGAUAUAUACAAGGAGAACUUGCAAGCCUGGCCGUUGACUUACGAUUUACCAACUACUACAUGGAUCUGGAGCUAGAUCUGAGUCCAUUGAGUUUGUCUCUCGGUACCGGUGACCAAACAGACUCACCAAGCCUAUCAACUUCGAACACACAACUUUUUAUCGACGGCAUCCGUGUCUUUGGUCACAGGGCGUUUGGAUUGCCUCCUUCUGAGCCGACUUAUCUUUGCAAUUGGGAUGUCUCAGUUGGCGCGGUACGUGGUGGCUGUAAUGCAGAGUUCCUAUCCGCUCUUACCAAGGGCGCCUCCGCCUUUGGAUUCACAUUUGAUGACGUUGAGAAUGCGUUAGUGCCAUACUCAUCACUCAUUUUCUACGACAUUACAUUUAUUCGAGCCCAAGUAGACGCGGUGUCUCUAUGGAUUCACCUGCCGGACGCUGCAUUCCUGGUCUCGACGGGAACAAUCAGCGUGAACAGCAAUGACUGGGCUCGGUCGCAUUAUUCCAAGAAAGCCAAUGUGAUUAUUCCGAACAUUCAAGUAUCAUGUGUCGAUUCAGAGUCUGCGGCAGAACACAAGUCCCGUCACCAGCAUCCAGUCAAGACUCAUGCAUAUCUGCAAAUGGAUGUUCGCCUUGGUUCAAUCGGGCGCAAGGUGAAUUUUUCAGAAGAACGCAAGACUCAGCAGGAGCUGGUACGUCGAGAAGAUCAGCGUACAGACAGAACGCCGUUCCUGGUCUACGACGAACUACUCGAUGAAUUCAUACCCGAACGGAUAGAUGUCCCUGCUCAAUGUGUCCCUCCUCCGCCAUAUCCCGUUGAGCAGGCUGAUGCGGAUCAUGCUUCUGCUCGAAGCAUUCGAUCGUCGAAUUCGUUUCAUAAACUCAGACGCCAAAGCUCAUUUCUGUCGUUUUCGGGCUCCGGGAGUGGAAGCAGCGUCAGGCGCCAAGGUGAAACCAUCAAGACUCGUCCAAAGUCACCGCCUCAAGAAGCUUCCAGCAGGGCACAACCGCCAAAGUAUGAAGUUUUCACGAGUGCAGCACGAGACGCAAGGAACCGCAGCUACAGCCACCCCGCUGUUACGUUCUCCAGCCCUUACUUCGCGCCACAUUUCGCCACGGAUGGCAUUCAGCCAGAUGUGCGCCAGCUGGGGACUUGGGAUGAGAAUGAUUCGGGUUGGGACGAUCCCUUCCGAAGCCCGUCAGCUCAACUGUCCGAUAUCGAUCCGCGGAGUAUCAGCGAAGAAUAUGCAUACUCUAGUGCUAUCGUGGAAAUUCCCUCCGGGAUUACUGCUUUCGUGAAUCCACAGGCUGUCAAGCAUGUAACUUCUCUGUUGGCUGUAUUGCAGCCAAAUAACCCGCAGGACAUAUUGGACAGUUUGCAAGUGGACUCUGUUAAAGAGAUAUUCAACGCGAAGAAACGCAGAGAUGCCGCGGGCGACAUCGCGGACCUGCUUGUCCGACUGCCUGGUGCACAUAUUCGCUUUUUGAACUCUUCCACUUUGAGCAGCUCUGAUUCAUCUUCUGAAGAGAUUGAUCAGUACGACUUGCAAUUGUCCAACGUUAGUCUUGUCACUCGCAAUGUGCUAGAACGGAAUGACGGUUCCGCCAUGAAGAGCAGGUCUAGGACCUCUCUGCAACUGCGCAUGAGCAACGCUGAGCUCUCAGCAACGGAGAGGCUUGCCACUGUGGCCAAAGCUCAAGCCGCUGUGAUGGUACAAAUAGACGAAGUCCUGGUGUCUCUCGGGUCAAAAGACGUGACGUAUCUUGACGCCGAUAUUGGCUCUGUUGUUGGCAGCACAGCCUCUGGCGACAUUGAGUAUUUGGCGGCUUUAAUACAUCGUACCGGUAAUGUGGCGUCAGAUCUGUCGCAUCUACUCGCCGAGUCCUCAGCACGACAAGAAAACCGUUUCCAGUACUGCUGCUGUCGUUUGUUGGAUCUUGGCCGGUCGACUAACGACCCCCCCUUCCUCAUUCGACCUUCCGCAGUACUUCGAUCAGUGGACCAGCACCUGAGGACUGUUGAUUCGUGGAAGCUGGCUAUGCGACUGAGGCAAAUUUGGACUCUCUUGCCAGAAGCUGAUAAGAUCCGCCUCACGCAAGCUUGCAGCACUGGAACAGAGCACCUUCCUCACAACGCAGCUGAAAAUGUUGUUGAAGCAUUUCAGCAUUGGAGGAGCUGGGACCUCGAGGACCCCCGACAGACAGUGCUGCUUGAAAAGGUGUUUGGGCGUAUGAAGACACCAGGCCAACAGCAGGUCGAUGAGCAUCCAUUCCUGAGUGCGUGCAGACUCGGUGAAUUGCAGUUUAUUCUUGACCCUGGUCCAAAGCAAAAUCGUGUCGCCGUCACAGACCUUGUCAUUAUGUUCGAGCGCAAACCCGAUGCCUCACUCGGGGCACAGCUUGGCAUUCACGGCAUGGAUGAUCUGCUGAAUACUGUGCAUAUUUCUUGUUCUCAAGUCCACGUCAACUUGAACUGGGAGCUUUUGGAACUUGGCCAGACAGUCUUGAAACUUUACAAUCGAAGUCAACCUGAAAGUGGCAAAACAAAGAAGCAGGCAAAACCAUCGGUUGCCGACAAAGGCGCCAGUCGAAUGGCGUUACAUGUUCUGUUCGAGGUUGAGAAGUGCUCCUUCAAUCUGGAAACCAUCAAUCUGCGCUCCAGUAACGUUCUGAGCGGGUUCAAGUCAUCAGCACUGCUGUAUAAACUGGAAAGCGGCAGAGCUUUCAACAGCCUCAUGCUGAAUUGCGACGCCGUCACUUCGAGAAUGCAUAGCCAUUCUACCUUGUUGUGGACCUGCCAGCUAUUGUAUCCGUCAGUGACUGUUUCACAAGAAGUACCCGAAAUCAAACCUCAGCCCCUCCAUAUCAUCAAAGGAGCUGCUAGCAGUCGAGGCCUAUCCUUCAGUGUUGAAAAGGAUAUAAUGGGGUUUUUGGAGACUGCUGACGUUGUUAUUCGGGACGAAGUCGCACAGUUGGCCCAGCUUCAAAAGCAACUUCCCACAUCCCCGAACAAAAUGCAGUCACAGGCCGUUUCUGACCAAAUGUCAAGCUUGAAGAUCAACUUUGUCAUGUUUCUCGACGGGUAUUCUAUCAGCGUGCCUCUGCUUCAGUCUUUGACUUAUAAAAUAUCCGGAGUUGUGGCACGGGCAGCGUUUGCGGCGAACCAUGGCAAAGAGCUUGUUUUCGACUUUGAUGUGAAAGACAAUUCGCACGACAUUCAGAUGAAUGUAAACAAUAAGCUGCAAAGUAUCUCGAUUUUGCAAAUGCCGCCAACAAAUGGCCGCGUCACUACUCACCUGAGUGACUCCGAGCGCACAAUCAAUGUACUCUCCUCAAUCGAGAUCAUUCGUCUGGAUGCAUCUGCUAUUUACAGUUUGCUUACGGCUGUGAAUCGACCACAAAUCAGCGCAGAAAUCGAAGACAUACAGGAGCAAUUCAAAUCCAUACAAGAAAAUAUGCGCGAAUUUUCGGAGCCGAAGCAGCCGGUGCCAGCCACAGCAAGCCAGACGAUGGCGAAGUUACCGAUUGUCUACGACAUACACUUGACAUUGGCUGGGUUUCAGGCUCUCACCAGAACAACUCUCAAAAAUCCCGAAGAACCUUUCGCCCAAUUGCUCUUCGCUCUUGACAAGUUCCAUCUACAAGCAUCGAACAAAGACGCUGCUUCGGGUGUCAUUAUGAGAUAUCCCGAACUGAGUCUAAAUCUACAAAAUAUUGGCUUCGAUGUACGCCGAGGCCACGAAGGCAAUACGAGAUCAUGUGGUAAUCUUGGAGCGAGUGUCACCGUUAAUGCUGGCUCAAGAAGAUCCCCAGACGGCAAAGAGGAAUGGAUAUUCAACUUCAUGAGUGAUGACCUUCACGUCAUUUUGUCACCCGAGACUGUCUCCACGGUCAUUGAUAUUAUGGGCUACAUGAGCUCAAGGAUCAAAGAUCUGGAUACGUCACGCGAGCUGGAAUAUCUGCGCAAAUUGAGGCAAUCCAAGCCACGCAUCUCGCUCAAUGAUGGCGAAACAUCUCAAUCAGAUGAGGAGGAUCUGCUUGAUUCGGUUUUGUCGUCUGUCGUGUACCGAUUCCAGCUGCGAAACAUUCGUGCCAGCUGGGAUGUUGCCAAAGAAGCGGAUCAUACUUCAGAUGAUAAAGAAGAUCUUCAUUUCUCCAUUUCCUUGAUAGAAUUCGGCACAAGAACCAAGAAAUCCGCUCGACUGACCAUUGAAGAUUUGCAGCUGCAAAUGGUACCACCUGGACAUGAGAGGGGAACCCGAUCGCUUCAUUCAGCUCUCCUGCCAGAAGUCACAUUCAACGUUGCGUACAUCUCGACAGCUGAUGCCCGACGCCUCGCCUUCCAAGCAGUUGGCAAAUCUCUGGAUUUGAGACUCACUUCCGCUUUCAUUCUGCCCGCUGCCAACUUGGUGCAAUCAAUCUCUUUGUCCGCCAAGAACGUACAGGAAGCCUCUGCACAAUGGACAACGGACAUUGUCCAAGAGACAGCCAGCAAAGAGCUUGUUGAGGCCCCCGCUAUCAAACAAAAGUCAAUACUUGGCAACAAGCGACUGGAAAGCCUCUUGCUAGACGCUGACUUUGCUGGAGCCGUCGUCCAUGUAUCCAGCAGCGACAAGGAACAAAGCCAUAGCGGGCCUUCACUUGGCGGGAAAUACGGCCAGUUUAAUGUAGACGAUUCCGGCAGCAGUGCAGUUCUACGCAGCCCUGGAGUAGCACUCAAGGGAGAGUACCGCGAUGACGGCAAGGCAGACCCGUCUCUUCACGGCGAGAUCAAGAUUGAUGCAUCUGAGAACAUAUUGUUUCCCUCCGUUGUUCCCUUGGUUCUCGAUAUCUUGUCGAAUAUCAAGGAAGUUGUGAGCGACAAAGACGAUGAGCAACACGCUAACGCGCCACCGAAACUCAAGUCUCAGAAAACAGGCGAUGAGGAUAAUAUUCUCACUGCGGACCCUCGCACUGUCAUUGGUCGAUUGAAACUAAAUCUGGGAUUGAGAAUCUGUCGACAGAAAUUUUCUUUGAGCUGCCAGCCUAUUGCGCGAGUUGCUGCCACAACAAGUUUCGAUCACUUCUAUCUUACCUUCAACACCAUUACCUCGCAAGAGCAUGGCGACUUCUUCGCAAUUUCUGGAGUCUUGACACAGCCACAGGCAUCAGUUAAGCAUGUGUAUUCAAGAGAGCCAACUGCCAGCUUUUCUCUUGACACAGUCACCCUGUCUCUCAUGAACAGCAAGCAUGUCAGCGGUGUCAGUGGAGUUUCAGCCAUUUUGAACGUCAGUCCAAUGGCAAUCUCUGUCAACGCAAGACAAGCCCCCGAUUUCUUGCUUUUCCGAGAAAUUUGGUACCCAGAAGAGCUCCGCCAUGCCGACUCGGCACCAGUGGCGAAGCUAGAGACAGAGACUUCUCAAAUUCAUCUAGUCCAGCGAUACCAGCAAGUAGCCGCUACGGCGGCUUUUCCCUGGACUGCUACUGUCUCAAUUGCAGCACUGGAUGUGAGCAUCGAUCUCGGCCAAUCUAUUGGAAAAUCGGUAUUUCAAAUUCAGGAAUUCUGGGUUUCCUCAAAGAAGACAUCCGACUGGGAGCAGAACCUGUGCUUGGGAUUUAGCAAGAUUGGUAUUGACUCUACUGGCCGCCUAAGUGGCUUCAUUGCUCUGCAGCACUUUCGAUUGCGAACCUCUAUUCAGUGGCCGAAACGUGAGGAAGCCUUGAACGAAACACCGCUAGUCCAAGCAUCACUGGCAUUUAAGGCGCUUCAAAUCAAAGCAGCGUUUGACUACCAGGCGUUCCUCGUUGGAGAUGUGACAUCUCUCGAGUUUUUGAUGUACAAUGUGCGCGAAACUCGAGAUGGCAGUGGAGAUCGUCUUGUGGCAAUCUUUAACGGCGACGCGAUCCAGCUCUUCGGUACCACGUCCUCAGCCGCACAGGGAGUGGCUGCGUACCAGGCACUGAAGAGGCUCGUGCAGGAGAACCGAGAAAGCUUUGAGGCUUCUCUUAAGGAGAUUGAAAAGUUCAUCAACCGCAAGUCGGUCGGCGGACGAAGCAGCUUACAACCGAGGCGGACCAUCCCCAAGCUUCCCGACAACGACACCAUGUCCAAGUCGCCCAUUUCUCUGGACACGGACGUUGUCGUGACGCUGCGCGCAUUGAACCUCGGCGUCUUCCCCAGCACAUUUUCUGAUCACCAAGUCUUCAAGAUGGAGGCACUAGACGCCUAUGCAAGAUUCGCCGCCAGUAUGGAGCAACGAAAGAUCCACAGCUUGCUGCGCAUGACCUUGGGACAGCUUCGCGUCGGCCUGGCCGGCGUACGCAACGUGGAAGCACCUCGGACAUUGAGCGAGAUGCGCGUCGAGGACGUCGUGGAGAGAUCAACAGGCUCACGGGGUGGCACGAUUCUCAAGGUGCCUUGCGUGGAGGCGGUCAUGGAGACGUGGCAGUCGCCCAACACCAAUCACAUCGACUACAAGUUCAAGAGUGCCUUUGAGGGCAAGGUGGAAGUCGGCUGGAACUACUCGCGCAUCAGCUACAUCCGCGGCAUGCUAGCUAACCACAACAAGUCGUUGGAGCAGGUCUGGGGUCGCCAGCUGCCCCUCACGGCAGUCAAGAUUACCGGCGUGCCAGGGCUCAGCCCGAAGAGGAGCACGGAAAGCCUCGGCCACGGCGUCGGUGCGCUCGCAGACCCGAACCACGACGACAACGACGAGAACGAGACGCCGCCGCCGCAAGGCAAGAUUACGGCCGAGGUCAAUGUGCCGCAGUCCAAGUACAACUAUACUGCGCUCGAGGAGCCCAUCAUCGAGACCCCGCAGCUGCGUGACAUGGGCGAGGCGACGCCGCCGCUCGAGUGGAUUGGUCUGCAGCGCGAUAGGCUGCCCAACUUGACACAUCAGAUUGUCAUCGUGGCCCUGUUGGAGUUGGCGGGCGAAGUCGAAGACGCAUAUGAACGGAUCCUGGGAUCCUCUUGA